AUUUUUUAAUUGACAAUCUUAUGCUCCUUUUAUAUAUAUCACUGUAUUAUAGCCAAAGUUGAUAAUCUCCUCUUAUGGAUCUCAGUAGCCAUGGCCGGAAACUUUUUUCUCCAAUCCCAACUCCUCCUUCAUUCUCUACCUCGCCGCCGCAAUCUGGCCGCGCCACCUUCCUGAUCACGGCCACCGUGGUAGUUCUGGCGUCUUCUUUGCUUCUAAUCAGCCUCUACGUGAUCAAGUGCUACAGCAACUGCCGGAGAAUCAGCCGUUUACGGCGGUUUUCGUUCUCCAGAAGGAGCGGCGGCGGCGUGGAUGAGGGUUUUGUGCUGAGCUCGCCGGACGUGGUGAACGGAGGAGGACUGGAGCGAUCGGUGAUCGAAUCGAUCCCGACGUAUGAGUUCAAGAGAGUUGCAGGAGAGGGGAAUUCAUCGUCGUGCGCUGUGUGCUUGAACGAGUUUCAGGGAGGGGAGAAGCUGAGAGUUAUACCGCACUGCGGCCAUGGCUUCCAUAUCGAAUGCAUUGAUGUUUGGCUUCGUAAUAACGCCAAUUGCCCAAUCUGCAGAAACUGCAUUUCCUCGUCGGCGAUUUUUUCGAACCCCGGCGGUUCUACUGGCGAUUUCACGGCAGCCGGGAGUAAUGGAGACGACGACGGCGUUGUUAUUGAACUUGAUGAGGAUCUGUCUCCCACACCGAAAUUUGAGAGAAAAAAUCGGAGAAAAUUCAGGCGAGUUACCAGCGUUGGGGAUGAGUGCAUUGACAUUAGGCAAAAGGAUGAGCAGUUUGCGGUUCAACCGAUCAGGAGAUCUUUCUCGAUGGACUCGGCGGCGGACCGGCAGAUUUAUUUGGCGGUUCAGAAGGCAGUUCAGCAGCAGAAACGCCGGGAAGAUGAGAUCAUAAGUUCCGGCGAGAGUAGCAGUAGCAGAAUUAACAAGAAGUCGUUUUUCUCUUUUGGGUAUGGACGAGGAUCAAAAAAUUCAGUUCAAACUGCAGGUUCAUUCGGAACCUUAAAUUAG